CAUCAGUUUUCGUCGGGGAAGCCUCGGCAGCGCUGCCGGUUUUUCAGACAAAAAAACUGCUGUCGUGGACUGCGAGUGGCACGCGGAACGUAUGUUCGCUAGUCGCGGUUCGUGCUUAGCCAAUUAGUCGCCGGCAGCUUAGCGCUCGCCGACUGACGUUUAUACGCUCCGCGUUCGACAGUCGCGACGCUCUUUCACGCCUAAAGAAAGGCCGCCCUGCGGCCUCCGUCGUCUGCUCUUCGUCGCGUUGGUCCGGAUCGUCUGCCUGCAUGCGUGGCCCUCCGAAGGUCUCGAGAGAAGAACGUUGACCGCUCUGCAGGGGGGACGCAUUCGGCUUUGCCGACCUGAUGGCCAUGAAACUGGUCAGCUUCAGGCGCAGCCGCAUCAUCAAGUUGGUAUGCGCCAUCGUCCUGCUCAUAUGCGUGGUCGCUUUCUUCCUGCCCAAGCCAACAGGUGACGAGUUCUAUCGGGAACGAGUAAGUCGCUUUUGGCCGAUCGGUGCUGGGCGCGCGAACCUUUCGUAUCCGUUCGUUCAUCCGAAACAACGUGGUCCCUUCAAGGAGCAGGAGGAAGUGUCGCCGCCGAUGCCGGUGUUCAGAAAAGACCGCUCGCUGGGCAACUUCGAGCCCAAGCGGCACGAGCUGCGGAAGGUGAAGGGACCCGGUGAAGGCGGUGUCGCCUACCACGUACCCGAGCGGGACAGGAACAGUGCGGCCGACUCCAACAUGCAGUACGGCAUGAACGUCGUGGCCAGCGAUCACAUUUCGCCCAACCGGAGCGUCCCGGACAUGCGACUAGAAGAGUGCAAGUACUGGGACUAUCCCGAAGACCUGCCAACAACAAGCGUGGUGGUGGUCUUCCACAACGAAGGCCUGUCGGUGCUUAUGCGGACUGUGCACAGUGUCAUCAAUCGCUCUCCGCGUCAGUUUCUCAAGGAAGUGGUGCUGGUCGAUGACUACUCUGAUAAAGAGAACCUGAAGGGCGAGCUGGAGACGUACAUUGCACACAACUUCCCACGAGGCCUGGUGCGCCUGGUGCGCAACCGCGAGCGCGAGGGCCUGAUCCGCUCGCGGAGCUACGGGGCUGAACAGUCGCACGGCGACGUGGUUCUGUUCCUGGAUGCCCAUUGCGAGGUGGGCAUCAACUGGCUGCCGCCGCUGCUGGCACCCAUCCGGGCCAAUAGGCGUGCAAUGACAGUGCCAGUCAUCGACGGUAUCGACAAGGAUACGUUCGAGUACCGGCCUGUCUACCAUGGCCGGCAGCACUUCCGUGGCAUCUUCGAGUGGGGCAUGCUGUACAAAGAAAUUGAAAUCCCCGACGAGGAAAUCAAAAGGCGGAAAUACCACAGCGAGCCCUACAAGUCACCUACACAUGCUGGUGGUCUUUUUGCCAUCAAUCGAGAGUACUUCCUCGAACUCGGUGGCUAUGAUCCUGGCCUACUAGUCUGGGGUGGCGAGAACUUUGAGCUAUCUUUCAAGAUCUGGCAGUGCGGUGGCAUGAUCUACUGGGUGCCGUGCUCGCGGGUCGGGCACGUCUACCGCGGCUUCAUGCCCUACAGCUUUGGCAAGCUGGCCCAGAAGCGCAAGGGGCCUCUCAUCACUGUGAACUACAAGCGAGUGGUGGAGGUGUGGAUGGAUGAAUACAAGGAGUACUUCUACACCCGGGAGCCCUUGGCCACCUACUAUGAUGCUGGUGACCUGAAAACGCAGUUGGCACUCCGCGAGAAGCUCAAGUGCAAGAGCUUCCGCUGGUUCAUGAAGAAUGUUGCCUAUGACGUGCUCAAGAACUUUCCCUUGCUGCCCAGGAACCUCUACUGGGGAGAGAUCAGGCAUGAUGCAACCGGCCAGUGUCUCGAUGCCAUGGGCGCUCAUCCGCCAUCAACUGCAGCGUUGUCGGCCUGCCACGGAACCGGAGGGAAUCAGGUGUUCCGGCUCAAUGCGGAGGGCCAGCUGGGCCUGGGCGAGCGGUGCAUGGAGGCCGAUACGAACAGCAUGGACGUGGCGUACUGCUCACUUGGAACCGUGGACGGGCCCUGGGAAUACAGUGUGGACACCCAGCACCUCUACCACAACACCCACAAGAAGUGCCUGUCCUACAGCAAGCGCAGUUACAAGGUGCACCUCGAAAAGUGUGACGACAAUAGCCUAAACCAGCAAUGGACGUUCCGCGAGAUUCAGGACUCUUAGUGGCCUCUGCCCGGAGGUCGUAUAGGCUAGCCCCCUCUCACAACGGCUGUUAAGGUGCACUCUCCCUGUGAAUCUGCUUGCCCCCACAUGUGGUGCAUGGAGACUUGUUAGCUAUUUCACCUUCUUGUUAUUGUUAUUGUUUCUUUCUUUUCUUUUGGUGGCUGGAGGACGUUUUCUUCUUCCACUGCACCUAGACCUCAAGGUUUCAAGGACAGCAUUGAAAUUGCAUUGACAUUGUCAUUGUAUGGCAUUGUCACAGUGUGGACGCAGUGUGUGCUGCCAUUUCUAGGUGAGCGACCAGUGAACACUUCCGACACGUUCGCCCUGUUUGUGACUCGGUCAACCCAAACCACUUCGUCAUUCCUUCUGGAAUCUGCAGACGUCUGCGAUUGCCAUCGGCGUCUGUUCACAAGUAUUCCAUAUUUUUUUUCUUUUCUUUCUCUUUUUUUCUUCUUCUUCUUAUUUUCUUUUUUGACAUGCAACAUCCGGACUUGCCUCUGGUCUCUGCCGAGGUAUUGUGUGCGUAUAUGUGCAUGUAUGUUAUGCUGUCAUGUAAGUGAUGUUGACUUUUGGAGGGAAUCGGCAUGGACUCGUCCAGGGAUGAUGGUGUACCGCUGCCGACUCAAGGGUGAGACGACACAAAAAAGCAGUCACACAUUUGGUCUUGCUCCUUUCUUCUUUCUUCUUUGUUUUUUCUUGUGAGGCCUUGUUCGACGUUACCUCUUUCUUUUUAAUAUAUUUUAAGUAGGCUGACGUUAUUACUUUAUAUUUUUUUAAACAAGUCCCAACUAUGCUGCCCAGCCUGACCAGUAGACCUAUCUCUUUCACUCUAUUAAACACUUAUUUCCAGAUUGGCCUUA